GGACGAAAAAUCGUCAUGAACUGCCUGUUUGCGAGGAAACUGUGUUUCGAGCAUCAAAAUUGCAGCGCCAUCCUUAAAGUCAUACCCCGCGUGUGUGGACCCGAAUUAGUGGCGUGUUCGACGGUGACGGUGACAAAGUGCCAGACCGCCCUAAGGAGCCUCCAGGCGUUCGACUUCUUCAAGCCGACCUGCCUCUGCAAGGAGCCGCGCGAGGACGCCGAGUGCAACAGCUUCCGGGACUUCCUCUUCGACCACCCCUGCAUCUACGUCAUAAAAAAGGAGAAGGAUCCGUACGCGAUGGAUUCGCUACCAACGUGCAACCACGCCUUGAGCGUCUGCAACCGAGAAAAAUCUUGCGUUAAGCUAUACGACGACUUCAAAGCCAACUGCAAGACGAGGGACAACAGGUGCAGGAUGGAGAACUGGGACGCGUGUCACGAGGCCUGGACGCAGUUGCGGCUCUCCCCCAUGUUUGGCUGCAUUUGCCCGGACAACCAGGCGAAGAAGCGUUGCGACCGAAUUUUCUCGAUGGUCAAUCACAAUCCCUGCGUCGAGUAUCAGUCCUCGUCCGUCGACCUCUCGGGCACGGACUCUGCCCUCCACCCAUUCGAACAAACCCACCACCACCACCACCAUCAUCAUCACAACAUCCACCAACAAAACGGCAACAGCCACGAGGCAGACCCAAAUUACCAGGAGCUCUGGUUGACCCCGACCAGCAUGUACCCGUACUUUUUGUUCCCCGGCACCGCCGCGCCCCGACUCUCCUCGGCCUUCUACGAGCUCGACUCCGAACUCGCCUCCGACCUCGAAGAGGAGCAGUCGCUGCGCUUCCAACUCGGCGAGGAGGGCCAGGACAAGGAGGACCCCGACGACGCUGACGGAACCACAGCCACCGGGAGGCCAAAGCAAGCCGUGAACGUCAUAUCGAACGCCAACAAUACGACGACUAUCGAGCUGAUCGAGUCGCAGAUGGAGAAUCCCCUCAUAGACGCCGACCAUCAGGACCUCCACGCGCUCAAGCAGAUACCCAUACCGAAUGUCCACCAUCAUCAUCGCGUCGUUCAUCACAAACAGAGGAAUCAAUCCCACGAGGAUCUCGAAGGUGGCCAAGCGGCCCCAUCGCCGCUGUCGGACAACGAGAGGAUGGCCCAGCAGCCGGUCAAGGUGGUGCUCACCAGCACCUGCCAUCAGGCCUACUCCACCUGCAAGAGCGACGCGGAGUGCAAGUCACUGCUGCAGCCGGUGCUGAACCACUGCGAGCACUCGAGAUGCUCACGUUCGGAGUGCAUGGGCUCUUUGCAGCACUUCUACAAAUUGGCCAACCACAAGCACUCGAUCGAGAUAGCUUUUUGCCUGUGCAGGAGAGCAGAGGGAAAACACACGAAGGACGAGUGUAUGAUGGCACAGGAGAAGAUGCACCCGACGUGUGCGCUGCGCGUACCGGCUGGCUCGGAGACGCCCACGUGCGACACCCUCGGCGAGAAUUGCCGUAAAAAUCCGAUUUGCAGGACAAAGCUGGAGCAUUACGAGCAGAGCUGCGCGAUAGACAGCGUGACGAAGAAGUGCGCUGGUCCAGCGCAGACGUGCCGUACGGCGAUGCUGGGCAUCAUAGGCACGGAGCUGCGCUCGAACUGCGUCUGCAGGAGCGCGGAUAAAAAGGGAGUCGAGUCUACGUCGUUUUACGAGUGCCUAGGAUGGCAGCGGCUGCUUUGGGUCAAUCCUUGCGUUGUCGAGGUACAGAAGGACUUUCACGCGCGGCGGAACCAACACCACAAUCACAUAAGACCGACGAUAUCGUCCAUCGAGCCAAGCCCCACGGAAGGAAUGUCUCCAAGGAGGCCAUCCUUGGCACUACCUUCCCCAGCCACCCCCAGAGUAACCCUCAUCGCUGCCACGAGUCUCGGCCUCGCUGAAUCCAAAACCGAAGGUGAUCCUACGGAAACGGGCGAGUCGGAGGAUAACGUCAUACCCGAAGUCCAAACCGUCGGACAGAUUCAACCCAUGACCGAACCAACCAUGACUACAAUGAGUGACACGACGACUACGAUUAUGAUGACGCCGAUGACAACGACAAUAGCGAGUACAGUUACUACUUCCAUGGCGACAACGACUACCACAACUACGACGACAACUACAGUAGCGCCUACGCCGAGCACACCACCACCACGUUACUGCAUCGUGCAGAGGAUGGGCCAGUCUCACCAGUAUAUCCGCGUGGGUAAGCUCAAGCGGCUGUACCGGGAGGACGAGCCCGAGUGCUCGGAGCUGUGCCAGUGCGACGAGAACGAAAGCGCGACCUGCAGUGCCAUUUGCGUCGAGACGUCGCCCUGCAAGACGGACUUUGCCUUCUACAAUCACGCGGCACCUGCCUACCAGGCCUACCGUGGCCGAUGCCUCUGCUACAGCGGCCGCUUCAUCUGCAUGAGACCCGCCCCCGAGGCGUACAAUAUACCACACGGAGUCUUCAUGUUCCUCGGGUACAGCGAAACUGACGAGAACUUGCUCAAACCCCACCACAACCUAACCGUCAUAGAUGCCGUGUCUUCCCUCGACAGUUUUAUGAGAGAAGAAGUCAAUAACCAGACGAUGUGCACAAUCUUCCUGUACAACGUGACGAAGGAGAAUGUCAUCGCGGUCGCCCGGCUAAUGACGGACGGCUCGUCCAGCAACAACGUCUCGCAAGCACAGAGCCUCAAGCAUCUCCUACGCGUCAAGGAGGAGUGCGCGUCGAUGCUGCAGGGCCUGAGCGACAAGAUAAACAACCGGCACCACGAGGUCUACACCCACCCGCUGCUCUCGAUCUUCAAGAUGGCCGAGGUCGAGAUCAAACUGCCCCGCGCGAGCUCGGCAACGUCUUCCGGCGCGAGUCCACUGCUCUUUGGUCUCCUGCUCCUCAUCCUCGUGUGUAGCCCAACCUCGUCCUCGUGACCACACGGUUCCAACCAGUGUCCAGGUAUAGGUAUCAUUGCAGGGUCCUUGGCGCUGUGACUGCCAUUGUCACUGCCGUCAUUUAUCCACCUGCAAUGGCCACCACUCGAGGCCUCCUACGGCUUUUGUACAUAUGUUAAGGCUUUUAAAUAUAUAUAUAUAUAUAUAUACAUACGACGUGCAGAUACGUAAAUAAGUACUGUCACACCGUACAUAUACAUAUCAUGUACCAUUACUGUAUACAUAUACGUUACAUACAUAUUAUAAAUAUCCUCAGGAGGAUGAUGGAGCCUCGCGACCUAUAACUAUGUUUGUAAAUAAAUUUGUAUGCUUUGUAGUAGAUGGUUGGUAAAAAAUCGCUGUUGGAGGUACGGGGAGAGACCGAUUCUAGGGUAUAGGUGUAAGAUAUUCGUGUGUAGGUGACA